CUGUGACUGUAGUACCGUUAAGUUUCUCUUUCCCUUUUGUCCAUUCGGGGUUUCGUUUUAUUCUCUUCCUCGGUUCCCUUCUCCUUUGUCACCACUUUCUUUCUCUUCGUCUUCUCUGCGAAUUUGAUAUUCUGAUCGGUCAACAUGGGAACCAAGUGCAAAAUCUUCAUUGUUACUCUAUUGCUGUCGUUUCUUUUCUUCCCUUUGGUCUUCUCUGCUGCUUCUUCGGAUGGAUUGAUUAGGAUCGGACUGAAGAAAAGAGCAUUGGAUCAAAACAACCGGCUUGCUGCCCGACUUGAGUCUGAAGAAGGGGAAUCCUUAAGGGCUUCUAUCCGGAAAUAUCACCUCCGCGGUAACCUUGGAGACUCCGAGGACACUGACAUAGUUGCUUUAAAGAACUACAUGGAUGCUCAGUACUUCGGUGAGAUUGCGAUUGGGUCUCCCCCUCAGAAAUUCACUGUCAUAUUUGACACUGGUAGUUCAAAUUUGUGGGUGCCGUCUGCCAAGUGUUACUUUUCGGUUGCUUGCUAUUUCCAUUCCAAGUACAAGUCAAGUCAGUCGAGUACCUACAAGAAGAAUGGGAAACCAGCUGAGAUUCAUUAUGGGACUGGAGCUAUUUCUGGUUUCUUCAGCCUAGACCAUGUCAAGGUCGGUGACCUUGUGGUCAAAGAUCAGGAGUUUAUUGAGGCAAGUAGAGAGCCGAGUAUCACAUUUCUGGUAGCCAAGUUUGAUGGCAUACUUGGACUUGGAUUUAAAGAGAUCUCUGUUGGGGGUGCUGUGCCUGUGUGGUACAACAUGGUUGAUCAAGGGCUUGUUAAGGAACCUGUUUUCUCAUUUUGGAUUAACCGAAACACAGAAGAGGAAGAAGGUGGUGAAAUCGUGUUUGGAGGGGUUGAUCCUAAUCAUUACACGGGUGAACACACAUAUGUACCUGUGACUCAGAAAGGCUACUGGCAGUUUGACAUGGGCGAUGUCCUUAUCGAUGGCAAGUCAACAGGAUUCUGCACUGGUGGUUGUGUGGCAAUUGCUGACUCUGGAACAUCGAUGUUGGCUGGUCCAACGACCAUUAUUACCGAAAUCAAUCAUGCAAUUGGAGCUUCUGGGGUUGUUAGCCAGCAAUGCAAGACUGUUGUUGCUCAAUAUGGACAGACUAUAUUGGACUUAUUGUCAGCAGAGACGGAUCCCGCGAUGGUAUGCUCCCAGAUUGGCUUGUGUACUUUUGAUGGAACUCGAGGUGUCAGUGGUGGCAUUGAGAGCGUUGUUGAUGAGAAGAAUGGUGGCAAGUUAUCUGGUAUUGGUCAGGAUGCUGCUUGCAGUGCCUGUGAAAUGGCUGUUGUAUGGAUCCGGAAUCAGCUUCAACGGAAUGAAACGCAGGAUUACAUAUUGAAUUAUAUCAAUGAGCUUUGUGAACGGUUGCCUAGUCCAAUGGGAGAAUCAGCUGUUGAUUGUGAUCAACUUUCUUCGAUGCCUCCUGUUUCUUUUACCAUUGGUGGCAAAACAUUCAACCUGACACCAGAGCAGUACGUCCUGAAAGUUACUGUGGGAGAUGUAGCCCAGUGUAUUAGUGGAUUUACAGCUUUGGAUGUGCCACCUCCCCGUGGUCCUCUCUGGAUAUUGGGAGAUGUCUUCAUGGGCCGCUACCAUACAGUCUUUGAUUAUGGCAAUCUGAGAAUUGGUUUUGCAGAAGCGGCAUAGAGGCAUAGACAAGAUGCUGGUGGCUUUGUAAUUAUGUUAAAACCCUUAUGAACACCUUACACAUUUUAUGGUUUUUCUGUAGUAGUUGUCCGGGUGGAAGGCAGUAGCCUAAAAAAGGAUAUAUGAAUGUAAAUAUUUCUGGGUGUGAUCUUUACCCUACACUAUAUAAUAGACGGUGGUGCAUACUUUCCUGUCUUUAAAA